AUGGACCUGAGACCUCUUGCUCGCCCUUUUCUAUCAUGUUUCAUACAGUCGGGAGAAACGGCGUUGUUUUGGCACGACAACUGGACCGGGUUGGGUCCCUUGAUCGAGAUAACCGGAGCAAACGGUCCGCAAGUUUCAGGUAUAGCUUUGUCAAGUGUGGUGUCUCAGGCUAUUUUCGAAGGGGAGUGGACCGUGACGAGAGGCCGUCACAGAGUCAUUCAGUUGCUGCGUGCGUGCCUGCCUGCUCAACCUCCUACACUUAUACAUGGUUCAGACGAUUACUUUUUAUGGAGAACUUCUGCUGAUACUGUACCUAGCCAAUUCUCAGCUUCUAGAACGUGGAAGGCGUUGCAUCCUACACCAGCAACGGUGCCGUGGUAUAGCUCAAUUUGGUUCAAAUCUGGAAUUCCAAAGCACGCUUUCCAUGCUUGGGUCUCGGUCCGAGGUAGGCUACCAACACGAGAUAGACUUCUAAAUUGGGGAAUGAGUGUUCCCUCCACAUGUCUGCUCUGCGGUUUAGCUGAUGAAUCAAGAGACCACAUAUAUUUCUCUUGUUCUUAUUCUAGGUCAGUAUGGGAUUCUUUCUUUACUCAAACAAGUUUUAAUCAGCCAUAUACUUUCAGUGAGGUCAUCAGGUGGGUUCAUCACUCUACCCCGCCUGGAAAAAUAAGAACAAUUUGCAAAUUGGUUACGCAAGCCGUUUUCUAUGCUAUAUGGAAUGAGAGGAACAAAAGAUUGCAUACUUCAGUGGCAAGGCACCCUCAGCUUAUUAUAAGAGAGAUUCAAAUCAUUCUAAAAGCCAAAUUGUAUGGUAUGGAUCAGAAUGUAGGGAACACCAAGAGGAUCAGUUCAGUUCGACCAAACCCAGGGGACAGAUAUCUUCACUUAUGGUUCCAGAUCUUUCCAUCAUGA